CAAGCCAGGACCCAGAGGGGAGGGCAGAGCGGGCGGGAGGCUGACACCCAGGUGGAGGGUGCGGGGAAGAGCUCAGGGCGCCCAAGCCCACGGGCCCGGUUCUUUCUCCCUGGGCAAACGGGCCAGGGGUAGUGACCUGUGCUGUCCCCUCUUCUGUCCCCGCGCCACCAGCGUGGCCUCCUCGGCUCAGGCCAGAAGUUGGAGCCUGGGGGAGUCAGGCCCUUGUCCCCCUCGCCGAGGGCUGGCAAAACCCCUAAUUCCCGUGGGGAAACUGACACACUUGUGGCUUGCGUCGAGAGCAUCCUGUAAUGACCCUGUGGCUUCACGACCUCAGACGAGGACCCCUUUGGCUUCUGCUCCUUCCAGCGUGGACCUAGGGACACCCCCGAGUCCCGGCCCUCCGCACAGAUGUCCCAGCCCCGGCGCAGGUGCUUUGGGAAGGGCGCACGUCCGUUCCCGGCCCCGGCCCUGCAGACGGCGGCAGCCUCGAAGGGUCGCCGGGUCAGAGGGCGCCACAGGUUCCGGCCGGGGAGGAGGGGUGGCGCCCCUUCUCAGCGGCCCCUCGCUUUCAUCUCGCAGCCCGGCGGCCCCCAUGUGGCUUAAUCAGGCGCGGCUGUGCCUGGCGGACCCCGAACAUCUGGAUCCCGGCGCGCCCCUCCCCCGCCCCGCCCGGCCAGGGCCUCCCGCGCAGCCGGGACCCCCGCGACCCAGCCUUGGGGACCUCCCUGCAGGUUGUGCCCCGCAUGGUCCGUUAUGGCACGUGGGGAAACCCCGGCUUCCCGACGCCGGGGCAGAGCGGGCGUCAAGCCCACACAUGCCAGCUUGGGUCCUCGGCGCGGCCUCUCCACAAUGACCGUUCUUCGCGCACUGCAGACAAGGGGCUCCCGCAGCCGCUCCAGGGCACAAAUCUGGUAGCAUCGCUGUAGUCCCAAAUAAGGCAAUCGGGGCCCAGCUCGGCCAAGGGGCUCGGCCUGGGUGACCAGCGACAGGAGGACAGAGAGGCUCGCAAAGGCAAGACUUGGCCGUGAUCACACCCCAGGACCCCACACUCCUCAUUGGUUCCUCCCUGCAAGCCAUGUGCUCAGUGCAUGGGGACCUGUCUGGGGCCACCGCCGAAGGUCUCUAUUGGACUCUCAACGGCCGUCGGCUGCCUGCCGAGCUCUCACGUGUGCUGAACGCCUCCACCCUGGCCCUGGUCCUGGUCAACCUCAAUGGAUCCAGGCAGCAGUCCGGGGACAACCUUGUGUGUCAUGCCCGCGAUGGGAGCAUCCUGGCUGGCUCCUGCCUCUACAUCGGCUUGCCCCCCGAGAAGCCCUUCAACAUCAGCUGCUGGUCCAAGAAUAUGAAGGACCUCACAUGCCGCUGGACGCCAGGCGCCCAUGGCGAGACCUUCCUGCACACCAACUACUCCCUCAAGUACAAGCUCAGGUGGUAUGGGCAGGACAACACCUGUGAGGAGUACCACACUGUAGGGCCACACUCCUGCCGCAUCCCCAAGGACCUGGCUCUCUUCACACCCUAUGAGAUCUGGGUGGAGGCCUCCAACCGCCUGGGCUCAGCCCGCUCCGACGUGCUCACGCUGGACAUCCUGGAUGUGGUGACCACGGACCCUCCGCCCGACGUCCACGUGAGCCGUGUUGGGGACCUAGAGGACCAGCUGAGCGUGCGCUGGGUGUCGCCACCAGCUCUCAAGGAUUUCCUCUUUCAAGCCAAGUACCAGAUCCGCUAUCGCGUGGAGGACAGUGUGGACUGGAAGGUGGUGGAUGAUGUUAGCAACCAGACCUCCUGCCGCCUGGCUGGCUUGAAGCCUGGCACAGUCUACUUCGUCCAAGUGCGUUGCAACCCGUUUGGCAUCUAUGGCUCCAAGAAGGCUGGGAUCUGGAGUGAGUGGAGCCACCCUACUGCCGCUUCCACACCACGCAGCGAACUGUGGAGAGAACCCAGGACCCCAAGCAUCCCCUCUCCUGCUUGCUUUGCCGGUCCCUGUGUCUCCAGGGCCUCUGGUCCCUCCCGAACACCCUGGGCCGCCUGUUCCCAGAGCGCCCGGGCCCGGGUGGCGGGGCGUGCGAGCCGCGGGGCGGUGAGCCGAGCUCGGGCCCGGUGCGGCGCGAGCUCAAGCAGUUCCUGGGCUGGCUUAAGAAGCACGCGUACUGCUCGAACCUCAGCUUCCGCCUCUACGACCAGUGGCGGGCCUGGAUGCAGAAGUCGCACAAGACCCGCAACCAGCACAGGACGAGGGGAUCCUGCCCUCGGGCAGACGGGGUGCGGCGAGAGGUCCUGCCAGAUAAGCUGUAGUGACCCGGGCUUCGUGGAGACACAGAGACCAAGUGGGAAUGUACCCUCACUUCAUGGCAUCCAGCACCAUCAGCAGGAGACAGGCAGCUCUGAAGUCUUCGACAGCCCCACCCCCGGGAGCACCCCAGCAUGGGGGCGGGGAUUGGCUGAGCUGCCUGGACCCCCUGCCAGGACUCAGGGUCAAAGGGCCCAUUGCUCGCCCAGGUUGGGGUCCCUCAAGACAUUUGAAAUAAAUGAGCUAUUUAGGUGCUCUGAUGGUGGAGGUGUGGGAAGCCCUGCUGGGGCUGUGGGGCUUGGGGGAGAUGGGGAGCAUUGGAGAGCACCUUUGGGACUGGAACUCCCCUCCCAAAAUUUCAGGUUUCCCUGCAAGUCCUGCAGUGUGGACAGAACUGUGAGUCAGAACUGAGUGUUUCAGGCAAAGUACGGGCCUCCUCAGUUCCCCCUCCCCCCUGACCCCCUCUCCUGAGGCACAGGCCCCCAGGACAGAGGCCAUGAGUGCAGACACAGGCUUCUUUAUUGUGGGCGGUGCUGGUGGUGCCAUGGUGGAGGGGUCCUGGCCCCAGGGGCCACAACAUCAGCCAGCUGGCGGUCAGUGCAUUUGGUCAGGUCAUUUCCCAGCUCCCUUGAGUGUCCCCGGGGAAGCACCAUCACUCUGCAGAUUCUGCAUCAAACCUAAGGUCCUGGAGAACCUCGACAAUGGCCUCCAUGGUUUUAAUUACCCUGGGAGAGCGGAUGAGAACUAUAAAUAAAACCCAGAUGGGGUGAAUUAGCCACCGCUUCGAGGUUAGCACAGAGGGGUGGUGGGAGCCCUGGGCCCUUCUGUCUGUCUGCUGCCAUGGCUGCAGGCAGCAUGGGGAAGGUGCAGGGCGCUGUGGCUUGGGGCUUGAGCAUCCCGGUGCAGGGUGUGCCAGGUGUGCCAGGUCCCAAGUCCAGCAGAGUAGCUUCGUCCCACCAGCCCACCAAGUUUUUGCACUCAAGUUGUGGAAAAGUGUGUAUAGGGAUGCCAGGUGAGGACACCCCAAAAACCCAACUAGGCCAGCUUGAUGGGCAGCAGCGCUCAUUUGAGCUUCAGCUGGUGCAUCCGCACAGCAUCCUCCUGCAUGGCCAGCUCCGUGGGCUGGCCUCCCUCACUGUUACAGAGUCUUGAAUCCAGAAAGUGCAGGAAGAGCCAUGUGGGACAGGGCUCUGCAGGGCAGGGGCAGGACAUGGGGCAGGGCCCACAAGAAGCGUGCCAGUCUGGCCUCCUGUGUGUGUGGACUGGGAAAACCCUGAACUAACAACCAGAGAUGGGCAGCAGUUAUGGCGUAGGAAGGGUCUGUAUGGUCCCAAACUCAUCGUGGGACAAGAAUUAGGCCCGGGAAUCCUAAAGCAAAGUGCACUGUAGGUGUGCUUCAAGUGGAGGUCCCACCCCUGGGCCAAGAUUAGCUGAAAGUCAGAGUAGGCUUCAGUUAGGAAGUGACCCAUCUAGAGACUGUAGGGGGCAUGGCCUGAGAAUCCGCUUGAGGCUGACUGGUUCAGGCUGGCCUUGAACUCACUUUGUAGCCCAAGCUGGCCUUGAAGUCGAAGCAGUUCUGGCUCAGCCUCCCAAGGGCUGGGAUGAUAGGGAUGCAACACUAUGCCUGCUUUAUUGGCAGAUUAUGAACCAAGCCAAGGCUAUAGCUCAGCAGCACAGCACCUACAUGGCAAGUGCAAGGUCCUGAGAUCGACUCCCGGUCCAAAAAGUGGCAACACUUGAGGAGUGGAUCCUCCGGAAGGUGAAUUCAGGCUUCUGGGAAUAUCGUUCAGCGGGGCAGGGAUGAAGUGAGGGUUUCCACGGAGCGAGGAACAAGAGUUUGUGAUAAAAUUGGGGAAGAAGCUGAGGGUACACCCCUGUAAUCCUAGCACUGUGGGAGGCUAAGUCAGGAGGAUCACAGGUUCAACCUAAACUUGAACAAUUUAGUGAGAGCCUAUUCCAAGAAUUAAAAAUGCUGGGGAUUGAGCUCAGCGGCAUAAGCACCUGCCUUGCAAGCAGGCAGUCGUGAGUUCGAUCCCCGGUACCAAUUAAAAAAAAAAAGUGCUGGGGAUGUACUCAGUGUGAUGGCUCUGGGUUCAAAGCCCUGUGAUGACCAAAAAAGAAACCAUGGGGAAGGUUGUUUUUUUGGUACUGGGGAUCGAACUCAUGACUUUGCGCUCACGAAGCUGGUGCUUAUGCUGUUUCUAAAUCCCUGGCCCUUAUGGGGAAGGUUUUAAGGAGCAAGGUCAGAGAAUGCCCAGGGGCAGGCCGAUAUACUGGAGGGUGCACCAGGUGUGUCUGCUUCAGCUGUUGUGGGCUGCAGACAUGGCUGACAAGCAGCGGCUAGGCACGCGGCCCAGCCAGUUCAGCCUCCAGUGCCAGCACCUCAAGUGAGCCCGUGGCAAAGGCCUGGGUCACCUCAUGCACGGAGCUCUAGUAGCGGGCAAAGUCGUGGUGUGGGCCACUGCAAGUACUGGUGGUGCACGCUGCGGCAGGCGAAGGUCCUGAAGCCUUUGCCCCGCAUCCAGGGCCCUCACAGAUGGGUGGUGAUCCCAGGACCCAGGCGGGCCCUGCUAGCUGCUUGCCCUUCCACACUCAUGCCUCCAACUGGCAGAAGGCCCCCACGUGCUCAGCCUGCAGCUGCUCGAUGGAGGUCCUGCUCAACCAGGGCCAUCUGUAGUGCUGUGCACUGCAGUAAAGGCAUAGUCCUCUGCGACUCCGGCCCCUGUGGUGAUCGUCUGCGCAGCCCGGCCAUGCGUAGCUCGCAGCACUGGCUGCGCCCAGCGCCCCCUGCCGGCCGGGAGGUCCCUGUGCCUGGGAAAUACAGUAACCCAGGUUUGUCUCCAGGAUAUAUGGUCUGACUCUCCUUUCUGUGCUCCAUUCACCCAGGAAUAAGGGGUAUGGUUUGGAACCAGCGAACAUCUUGUAGCUCUGCAGCCCCAGCCAGGUCCCACUUGCCCUAUACAGGACCUACUGUGCUUGGUGGUGGCAGGCAGUGACAACUAACCUGCGGACCAGCCUAAGGUGGGGGUAACCAGACUGCAGGCUGGGAUGGUAUCCUGGGAGGGGAGGCUGCCACCCUGUGGGGUGCAUUUCCAGCCCAGCAUGACUGGCACACCUGUGAUCCUGGUGGGCAGAGAGCUAACCCUGACCCCCCCAAAACCCUGAAGAGGUAAGGGUGCAGCUUGGGCACACUGCCUGCCAAGCAGCAGAAUCUCAAGCCUCUGGUUUCACAACCACCUCACCGUCAAAGCCAAGUGUGGCCUCCUCAGCAGGUGACCCACACCAGGACCCUCAGUGCCCAGGCCCAGGGCCCCGUGGGUGAGCCUCAGCCCAGCCAGGCUUUCAGCUCCUGGUUCGGGACAGGCCCUAGGCUGGAAUUGGGCCUCCAAGUGACUCAUGCUUGGCUGGGGGAAAAAUGUUCAGGGCCCAGGGCCAACACCACCUCAUAGAGAACCCAAAAAGGUGACAAAGAAAGAGGGCCACUCUGUAGCAGUGCCUGGAAUAGAAUGGCACACGGACAACAGCUGCUGCUCUAGUCAAGUGAGGGAGACUUUAUUCAGGCGCUGAGGCCACGGUGCCUAGCACCUGUUGGAGGAGAGGCCGGCAAGGAUCUACUUGACCUUCUUCUUGGGGCGCAAGUUGUUGGUGUGGCCACACUUCUUCUUGCGGCAGUUGACGGCACGGGGAUGCAGGCGGGCA